GAAUUGGAGAAUUGUAUGCAUAUCACAGUGAUGAAAGUGGAGUAAGAAGAUGGGAAGUGGCGAUAGCAAUGGUUACAGGGUGAAGAAAGGGGACAUAGUGUGGGCAAGAGUUCACUUCCCUCACGCAUGGUCUCCCGCACUCGUUCUCACUUCCGACGACCUCGGCGUCUCCGUCUCUUUCCCCUUCUCCGACCAAAACGACCACGUCUUCUCAACCAAAACCACCUAUUACCUUGAAUCCGAGGUUGUUCCUUUCGAGGAAGCCUUCCCUUCUCUCAUGCCUCGUCGCCGCACAACAAACGGUGACGCGUUGCUUCAUUCAGCGCUCCGCCUGUUUGGCCAAAAAGUCAUUUCCAGCUUGCGCUGUUGCUGCCUGGUGGGCCACCGCCAAGCCCAACGGGCCCCUGACGGGUCGGGUCAUUCCUCCGAGUUCGACCCGGUUGAGGUCUUGGGUUUUGUUUUGGAUGCCGCCGUUUCGCCCUGGGUAGAAGCCCCUCGGUUUGCUCAUGCAGUUAGGGUUGUUGCCCAGGUUCACGCUUUUCGUGCUUAUUCUUCUCUUCAACACAAGAAAAUGUACAGACAAACCCUGAAAACAGGUGCUAAUGUGAAGCUGUAUCCAUGUUCAUCUUUUGAUCAGAAGACGCACUCUGUUACUCAAGAAUCUGUCGCUUUGGAACACAUGGGAAAAUGUCAGAUCAUAUCCAAACACGUGGAAACAAGGUUGCCUGUUGUUGCUAAGAGGAGAUUGAAGUCAACUGUUCCUGUUUUGGAAAGAAACUUGUUUAAGAAUAAAUUUCUGAUUAUUUCCAAGAAUCUUAAGCUCCCUCCUGCUCUACAUCCACUUCACGUGGUGGGAGAAGGUAUGGUUGAUAUCUGCUUUGGAAAACAUUCUAUGAUGAGUAAAACUCCCAUCUCUGUUCCCUCCAAUUUGAAGGGUCAUUUGAGCAACUGUACCAAUAAAAGAAAAGACAAUGCACUGGGGCGUUACUGCAGAUUGCCUGACAAAGAAACCACUAUAUACCUUAACAAUAAAAAAAGGCGACUACAUAAAGCUGCUUCAUGUCAUGUUACUCCGCAAAUAGGCAGAGUUCAAGAAAAUGAAGGGAAUGCAUAUAUAUCAAAAUAUACCAGACCUUGGGUCUCAACCAUCAGGAUGCUUGAACCAGAAGGAACUAUCCAGAAAGACAAUCUGGCUGACACAUGUUUUUCUGAAACUAACAUGAAUUGCACUGAUGAGGUUCAGAAAAUGGAUUUGAGAAGAGGUCAACAAUUGACUAUACAGCAGCCUUUUACCUGCAAAUCCUCAGCUAACUUGGUACUUGCCUUCCAUUCUGAUAACUGUGAGGUUGAUGCUGGUGCAGAUAAGGGUAAAGGUUUAUUAGGGACUAACUCUUCAGUUUACCAAGAAAGGUUGCAAAUGAGUUGCGAUGGUGAUACAGCACCUCUCGAGUUGAAAGAGUCCACGAAAAUUAAAUUAUCUUGUUGGGAUCAUUUGGUGGAGGGUAAGGAUUGCUACCAAGGUGUCGCUUCUUGUUCAAUAUACAAUUCAAAAGUUGGACAACAGCCUAAAACACAUGUACCCAUUUGUUCUACGUCUUUGUACAUGAAGUUCCCCAAGAAUUUCAACCUACCAUCCAAGGAACAGCUAAUAAAGAAGUUUAGAGUAUUUGGCUCAAUAAAUUCCUCUAAAACAAGAGUCUCUUACUACACUGGCUCUGCCCAGCUAGUUUUUUUAGAAGAAACAGAUGCAAGUGUUGCAUAUCUAUAUGCCAAAAAGAGGGCCUGGUUUGGUGAGGGUAAUGUCCGGUUUUGGCUUGAUCCUUUUGAGCACAAAAGAAGAGGAUUCAAUUGUUGUGCUCUCAUGUCAAGCAAACACAUAGGGCCGCCACUGAAAUCGUGUCUGAAAAAAUCCAAUUCCUCUAGACAGGAAAACAGAAAGAAACAUCGCAGGGUAAGAUUUACAAUAGAAACUUAGUUGACUUGAAUUUACUCUAUGAAGGAUGUCAUACUGUAUUUUUUGAUGUUCUGUUAUGCACAUUUUUGUUCCUUCUUUCACUGGAAUCUCAUGCAAUUAGUAGAAAACUGCUGGCAUGCAAGGGAGGAAAGUUUAUUUGGUAACUAUGAAAAAGCUAUAGAAUGAAAUGUUGAAUAUCAAAAAGUUACCUGUUUGGUUCAUAU